UCUUUCCACAAACCCCAAGAAAAAGCUAAGCCCCAACCCAAGCCAUGGCAGUACCAAGCUUGGAGUAAUCAAAGCAUUUGUGUCCUCUCCCUGCUUUCUUCACACGAGUGCUUCUCUCUCUCUCUCUCUCAAACACUUGACAUAAAUAUUGCCCAACAAACACUCACAUCUAACCCACCCACCACUCAUUCUUCUUCUUCUUCUUCUUCUUCUGAUUCCAUUUCCAUUCUAUAAUGAACCUUCAAUGCUUCAACGAUGCCUUUCAAACUCAUGGGGUGUUUCAAAAUGUCGCCUUCAUGCCGCCCCCUCCUCCUGCCUCUCUCGAUCUCUCACCACCGUCCCACGGCGGUCACAGCGGCAGAUCAAAUUGCGAGGACAGAGAGAAACAAGAAGAAGAUGGUAAAACUAACGGUGCCCGCCGCCGCACUAAGCUUUGUGCUAGAGGCCAUUGGAGACCGGCGGAGGAUGCUAAGCUCAAAGAGCUUGUCGCCCAUUAUGGCCCCCAAAAUUGGAACUUGAUCGCCGAGAAUCUCCGUGGUAGAUCAGGGAAAAGCUGUAGAUUGAGAUGGUUCAACCAGUUGGAUCCAAGGAUAAACAGGAAGGCCUUCAACGAGGAAGAAGAAGAGAGGCUUUUAACAGCACAUAGAUUGUACGGCAACAAAUGGGCCAUGAUCGCUCGUUUGUUUCCUGGUAGAACUGAUAAUGCUGUCAAGAAUCAUUGGCACGUGAUCAUGGCUAGAAAACAUCGACAAUACUCCAAUCUUUACAGAAGAUCCUCCCGGAAAGCCUUCCAUAAACAUAAUGUGUCCAGUGAAUCCACCAUCUCCAGCACCGUCGAUGAAUCCCCUGCCUCUGCCUCUGCCUCUGCCCCUGCCCCUGCCCCUGCCCCUAGAUGGUGCAGCAGGAAAGGAGUGGCGGCGGGUGUGGGGAAGAUCGGGUGCUGGGAAAAAACAGAGGAGGUGAUGGCGGCGGAGCAGUCGUCGGGGUCGAACUCGGAAGUUUCAGGGGCGGAGUCAGAGAUCUCGACGAACCUCUCCUUAGCAUCUGGCUGGGAAAGCAUGAAUGGGAACGACGGCCACCAUAUGAAAAUGCAGUUCAUUGAUUUCCUUGGAGUUGGAGCUUCGUAACUUUACUCCUCUGUUUCUCUGUUUCCUUUAUGAAAAGCAGAGUCUAAAUGUAAACAAAACAAUCUCCGUUGUUUCUCUCUACAAUGUACAGUGAGGCAUGGCAGAGAAUGAUGAGAGAAAGCCAAAAAGAUAUUAAAAAAAUGAAGAUUUUGGAGUUUCUUUUGGAAAUGGGUUGUUAAAGAGAUUAGGGGUUUUGUAGAUGAAGAGCUUCUACUUAUGCUUCUGCAAUUAAUGUUCACAAAUGCUCUUCCUC